AUGUUUUCCCGCUCGGAAUACGCUUUCCACGAAGCGGAAGAAGACAGACAGAUCGAGUUCGCAGGACGAUACUCAACAGCCACAACUUCGAGAUACACCUUUUCUGGUUGUCAAUGCUUACCAGUUGCAAUUCCUUUCAAGCCGAGUUCUUCUACCGAAACGAAAGAGUCCCGUGUCAUGAAAUCGCAAAGAAACUCACUGAGAAAACAGAUGCAUCCAAGUCCAUCCGAGCAUAUGCUUCCGGCAGAGAUUGACCAUUCUCCUCCGUUCCGAAGACCCAUUCCGCACAGACCUGCUCGAUUCUCCGAACCAACCUCCGCUUGGGCCGCCGCUAGCCUGGACCAAAGGCAGACAGAAGAUCUGGAUCACCAAAAUAGUUUCACUGUCCAAGUAGGGGUGACAUUUCUGAAUAGGCAAAAGUGGAUUAAAGAAGAGUAA